AUGGCCACUGCACUUCCAGUUUUUCCAGAAUUUAAUCUACGAGACCCAAGCAACUUAGCUGCAAGAUGGGAAAAAUACUUAAAGAGAUUUAACAACCUAAUGACCGCUAUGAACAUCACAGAUGCGGGUCGGAAACGUGCUUUGCUUUUACAUUAUGUUGGCGAGGAAGUCAAUGACAUCUUUGACACAUUAGCAGAUAAAGGAGACGACAACGAGUUCAAGGAGGCCUGCGAUGCGUUAACAAAAUAUUUUACACCGACGAAGAAUGUAUCAUUUGAAAUAUUUAAGUUUCGAAAUUUGAAGCAUGAAUCACACGAAACCGUAGACGAUUUUCAUACACGACUACAGAUUGCAGCAAAAUAUUGUGAAUUUGGUGAUAACAAGGAUAAAGAGAUCAAAGCGCAGAUAGAGUUGGGAACAAUAAAUAAGAAACUACGUCGAUAUUCAUUCCGCACACCUGCUCUUUCAUUAACAGAAAUAUUAAAUUAUGCGAGAACACUUCAUGAGACAGAGAAACAAGCUAAAGGAAUCGAAGGAGUUCCUCGUAACUCUCCCAAAUCGUGCUGCGAUAACAGUGCAGACGAUGUUCACAAAGUCCAGUCGGAAAGACCAAAUCGUCAAGAGAUGAGUUCAAAUAAAAGAUUUCAACAACCUCGUAAAGGUUCCUAUACGCAGGUAAAACCACCUGUAACGCUCCAAUCAUCGAAACGAUGUUUCCGUUGUGGAUAUUCGUGGCCCCAUAAUGGAGGAAAAUGCCCAGCUGAGGGACAGAGAUGCAGCAACUGCUUUAAGUACAAUCAUUUUGCAAAAGUAUGCAAUUCAAGAGACAAGAAACAAAAUCAAAAUUCUGCUAAUGCUGUGCAAAACGAUGCUCAAGAUUUACAAAGCACCAAGGAUGAGGACAGUACUGACAGUGAAGAAUACAGUUUCAGCGUAUAUAAAGGCAAGGGACCUUGCGAGACCAGCACAAAUAAACAAAACAAGCAGUUGUUUCAUACCAAAUUAAAAUUGGGCAAGUCAACCAUUAGAUUUCAAAUAGAUAGUGGAUCAUCAGCCAACAUCAUUGAUGAACACACCUUCUCCACCAUCCAAAAAGAAAACCCGUCAAUUAAACUGAAAAAGUAA